AUGCAGUCCAUUGCCAGUACUUUCAGACGGUUCUACGCGACGAUACCUGGGCCAGCCCUGGUGGCUCGCGAAAACUCAACUCCCCGCGCCGUACGUCUACGCAGGCUUCGCAAAGGAACCAAGUUCACAAAGUCGGACCUCACCCCGACGGACCGCGCGCGUUAUGAACGGUUGAAAGCGAAGGGGGAACUGGGGCGACCUGGCAAGGAAAUGUCUGCCUCUCAAUGGAUCAAGUCCGUCAACGAGCGACGGUCCAGGGUUCGUGGUUUCCGUCAACAGACGACCAGCGAAGGAGUCGAAGAAACAUCCGUCGUCGGCCAAAAGAUAUAUCUUCCCAACAUUAUCUUCCGCCUUGUGCGCAAUCAAACGCCGCCAGGAAAGCCUUACAAUCCGUUUGAGGCGACCUUCCGUGUCCCACUUUCUAUCACGAAAACCGACAUACGCUCGUAUCUUCUUUCUGUGUACGGUGUGAAAACCACCUACAUCCGUACCGACAUCUAUCGGUCACCUCUGCAUCGCACAGCUACCGGGUCUUAUACAACGAAAAGCCACAAGACAUACAAACGGGCUGUUGUGGGCUUGAUAGACCCCUUCUACUACCCACUCCGUGUCGAAGACAUGGAGCCGAAGGAGAAAGAGGACCGCGAGAAGUGGAUAGAAGAAAAGUUCGGUAUCAAGCAGACGGAGUGGCAGCAGAAGUACGAGCUACUUCGCCUGACGCGUUCCGACUCGAGGAAUAGUCCCGGUUGGAAGUGGAGAGGACCCUUGGUCGCUAACAGAGCUCAAAUUCUCAAAUUGGUCGCAGAGAGACGCGCCAAUAGGGAGGGCCUGAUCACUUCGCGGGUCCACGAAUGGCAAGAGAAACGUAUGAACAAUGAACCCAUUGUCAUUCCGGCGAAGUCGCCCAAGCCGACUGGUGACGAAGCCAAAGUUUGA